AUGAUAGAAUCGGUAAGAUGUUUGGUUGCUGAGUUGACUAAAGACGAUGAAACUGGUUCAUCUAGGAUACCAGAAAAGGCGACACAUAUUGCGAGUAUGGAUAAUGGCAAUAUGCCGGGUUCAAAUGUGAGUCCCGUUAGGGAUGCAAAUGCUCAAAGUAUCCGUAAUAUUCUUGGUAAUCUAAGUGCCUACUCAACUCCUCCAACCUCCCCGCGUUUAAGUCUAGGGGAUAAUCCGAGUCCCACAAACAACAAGGAAGUUUUAUAUGGUCCUGCUGCAGGUGACAACGUUAAUGAGAGUUUUUCACUCUCAGCUCAGCUCAUAGCCAGAAUCUUCAUAGGUAUUUAG